UGAUAAAGCGCUUGAAAACAAAAAAAAGUUUAACCAGCCCUCCAAAUUUCUUCGGUUUUGUACUUCUCGUGUUUGACGGUUGAUUUUGGGUGGGUGACUGCAUAAGACCAAGGUGUGCAGUUCUUGGAAGUUCUUUUAAAUCACUAUCUCAUGUUUCUUCCACUUUAUGGUUCGCUGGAGGGCUUAGAUGGGCAUUUCCACAUUGGGCCUACACCAUAAACUAAAAACAAACAAGGUACCGCCAGUAAUGGAGCAAUCAGAAAGCGAACAUGUUAUUGAUAUCACAAGUAGCAGUGGAGCUUCCUCCUCUAGCUCAAGCGAAGAUACAGUCAAUCAGUCAAACUCAAGGCUGAAUCAAGACCUGCCUUCAACUAGUAUGACGGCCCCAGUCUUUCAACAUUCUUUUUCUAUUUCCAACGGUGGAAAUACAAGGAACACAUCAUUUGGUAGGAGGGAGAGUGGGCAUGGUCGAAGGAACCCAUUGAAUUCUGGGUAUUGGAUAUCUACUGAGAUAGUUAUAACAGUGAGCCAGAUUAUAGCGGCCAUUGUUGUUUUAUGUUUAUCGAGGCAUGAACUUCCUCAGGCUCCAUUAUUUACAUGGGUUAUCGGUUAUGCUUCUGGAUGUGUUGCAACUCUCCCUCUGCUCUUUUGGCGUUUCCAUAAUUGCAACCGUCAAGAUCCAUCCCAGAAUCGUCAGAGUUCUGCUCCAAGCAGACUAUCUGCUAUAACUGCAUCUUUAACUUCAUCUAUACAACAGUCUAUUAGGACAAUUAGACAUUUUUGGCAUCCUAUAAACCCGAUUUUGUUUUUGCUUCUACUAGCUUCAUUUCCCCCGGAAGAUUUGGGCUUGAAUUUUGGAAGUCUCGAUGUGGGUGUAUAA